CGCGCCCCCCGCGCCCCGCACGCCCCUCCCGGCGCAGCCUCGCAGGCGAUGCCAGCGUCUGGCCGGAAGAGGAAGGCCAACUUCUCCAAUGACGAGACCGAGACGCUGGUCUGGAAUGUGGUCCGGCAUUUCAGCGCCCUGUACGGGUCCGAGGCCCUGCGGGCUCACCCCGUGCGGCGGAAGCAGCUCUGGACCCAAAUCCAAAGCCGUGUCAACUUCCUGGGCUACACCGAGCGCUCCAUCGACGACCUCAAGCACAAGUGGCGCGACCUGCGGCUGGACGUCAAGAAGAAAAUCACCUCCAAGAAGCACCUGCCCAUGAACCGCGCCGGGGGGCCGCUCCACAAGCCUCGCCUCACGCCCCUGGAGAAGAUGGUGGCUUCCACCUUCCUGCAGGCCAGCCACGACUCGGAGCCCGAGAUCAUCCUGGACCCAGAUCUGUUCUUCCCUGGAGCGUCCAAGCAGCCCUUCAUGCACCUGCAGCCCGGCGUGAGCCACCCCAGCAUCUACAUCGACACCAACGGGCAGCCCUCGGCCCUGCCCGACGUGGAGGGCUCGGCCGUGCCGCGCCUGCCGGGACAGAGCCCCGACCCCGCCGGAGGCUGCGAGUACGGCCGAGGAGAGGGGCAGGGCGGCUCCGCCGAGUCGGGACAGGAGCUGCGCACUCCAGACGCGUCGGCCAUCUCCCCAUCCCUGCGAAACGAGUCCCUGGUCUCCUACGCCUCCAUGUCCGAGGAGGAGGAACGGGAAGGCCGGGAGGUGGAGAGGGGCCACGGUGGGGCCGCGGGGAUGCAGCCGGGGCCCGAGGCCCCCAUGGCAGCGGAGGAGGACAUGAAGCUGUCCCGCCAGGCCAUGCUGAUCCGCCGGUGCAGCUCCCAGGGCUCCGUCACUUCCCUGCCCGAGGACUCUCUGAACCCCGCGGACGCUCACUCGGACUGGGGGCACGAGGGGGUGUCCGACCUGCCCGCCCUGGGCCGCGGCCUCGACUCGGCACAUCCCGAGGAGCAGGCGGGGGGCCCGGGCCCGGAGAUGGGCGCCUUGCCCAGGGUACUGAUGGGGCCCACCUGGGAGAAGGCUCCGGCGGAGGAGGAGCCCCCGGCCCGCUCCCCGCUGCACGGCGCCCUGACCGAGGAAUCGCUGCCCUCCUCGGCCUCCCCGCCGGGAGACGCUCCGGCCUCCGCCGGCCCCGGCCGCGGGCUGGGCUGCUCCCGCCUGCGCGAGGACCGCCGCGAGAGCUGGAGGACUAGCAUCCAUCACCUGCUCGACCUGGAGGAGCAGUGGGACCAGCUGUACCACCAGGAGCUGGCCAUGUGGCAGGAGGAACGGGCCACCCAGCGCGAGGAGCGGGCGCGCGACCGGGAGCUGCAGUUCCGCCUGCUCGGCGUCCUCACGGACAUCCGCGACGAGCUGCGCUACCUGCGCCAGGAGCGCGCCGGCGCCCGCCAGAGCCCGGCCCCGCCGCCCCCCGAGCCCCGCCGCGACCCCAGCCCGCUCCUCGAGCAGCCCAAAGCCGAGCCCGGCUUCCCCGAGCCGCCGGCCGGGAGCGCCGGCUGGGCUGACGCCGCCGUGCCCAGCCGGAGCCCCUUCGGCAACCGCGGCCGGGGCCGGCGCCGCGGGCGGCCGCGCGGCUCCGCUUCCCGACACAGACGCCUCUUCCUCACCAACAGCUAG